AUGGAAGGGGACAAGUGGGGGAGUAUUGAGCAUUUAGCUGCUUUCAUUACAUAUUGGCUGUCGCGGUACGUCUUGAUGGGUAAACCCCAAGACGGUAUUUUCCAUGAGCUCUUUCCUCGUGCUGCGAUUCUUGCUUUCGGCCGUCUGAUUCCGUUGGCUCCUUUAUUUCUGGGGGGGCUGUAUAGGAGCUUGGCCCCUAUGCCAAAGGUGUUUUCCAUUGAAGAAAGUGAGCCGCGUUCUGCUAGGUGGGCUGAGGGAUGUGUACAGGGGAGUUUGGCCAGCAUUUUUGAUUUUGAGGACAAGUUUGUUGCUCGUCCUUAUGUUAUGCCAGUUUGUGGAGUAUCUUCUACCGUUGCCUACCGCCUAGAUGAUUGCGAGCUUGUUCUCGAGCCGGGUGUGUCUUAUUUGGGGGAUGCGGAUUCAGCGAUGGUUCUUAGCACCGUUUCUGGGUAUUUACCUUAUUUUCUGGAUGGCACAUACGGUGUGGUGGCCUAUCAUCCUUUGAGGGUUGCUCGACAGUUUGGUUUGGACCAAGGGGUUCCUCAACAUCUUCCUUCUCCUGUGCCUUCGGCCGCCGACUGUAUGCAAUUAUAUUAUUGGAGAUACAAUCUUGCAUUAUUUCGGGCUUUCUUGAGUAGUGAUCUUGAUCCAAUCCAUGUUGAGCUCAUUCCGUCUGAUGACCCUGAGUUAUGUAUGGCUCGCGGAGAUCGGGGCUUGUCAGCUGCAGAUAGGGGGGAACUCAGCCCAUUGGCUCGUUUAUCUAAGGUGACUAUUGCUUUGGAACAAUCCCAGAUAGUUUCUCCUGACCGACCAUCUAGUGCCAAGCGUAAAAGGCCACCCCCUUCCUCCGUUCUUGUUCCAGUGCCUGGGAGAGUACCUCCACAGAUUAGAGGUAUAGGUCCGCCUACUAAAACCAGGAUUGCCCGCCAAGCGAGGGGUUGCUCGACUGACACCAUUGAUUCGUCACAGGGGUCGGCUGGCGCGUGUCAAAUAAAAUUGGCACGGCAUAAAGUCUUGCCCAUAGGUGCUGAGGACGAUGUAGAAAAUUCAGAGGAUGAUGAAGAGGGUUCGGAUCAGAGUCUUGAGGUUAUGGGGGCAAGAGAUGAUGUUGAAGACGAUGUUGGAUGUGAUAUGGUUAGUGCUAGGCCUUCUUUGUUAGAUACAUCAAGUUCUAGGGAUGCAUUGGUUCCUUUGCGGGACAAGAUUGGAGGUGGUGUCCCUAUUGCUCGCUUGUUUGAAGGUGGUUGUAAUUUUUCACAUAGCGAUGUGCUUAGCUCACGAGUUGGAGGUGCCAGUACAUCCGUGAGCUUGUCAUGCGGCAUAGGCUCUUCUGCGCCCAUUUCUUUACAUGCUUCUACAACCUCUGCGGGCCUAGAGAGUAAUGUGCCCAUCAUUCCUUCGGGCUCCGAAGUUGGAAUCAACUCGCCUAUUGUUUCAGUUGGUGCAAACUUGGGUGGUGUGCUCGCACGCGAGUUGUUUGGCUUCAUUCAGAAAGGUGCUAGUGAUAUUGGGGGUAGCCUUCAAAGACCAUCACUGCCAGCUAUUGAUGGAGAUUAUUCCCUCAUUCAUGCUACUGAUGGAGAUUUUUCUCCUAUUCAUCUUCCCUGUGGCAGUGUGGUUCUUAAAGGGAUCGAUGGGAAGGAAAAGCUAUUGGAUCCAGCUGUGUUGUUUGCCGGGGUCAAAGUAGAGUUACUUCCUCGACUGCUCUUUGUUCUUCAUUAUAAACCGACCACUUUCAUGCACUUGGGUAGCUCUUAUCUCCGGACUUAUUUUUUGGAUGGUUUUGGAGAAUUCCUUAAGGUGUUGUUUUGGGCGAAUUUCAAGUUAUCCCCAGAGACAGCUUCUUUUGAUGAGGUGUUGGCCCAACGUGCUGUUUUGGGCGAAUUUCGAGAUGGCCGUAUUAACAGAUUGGAGGUGGGUUGGUUGGAUGAUUGGUUAUCCCUUCUUGAAUCCAAGGUCAGGAGGAGGAUGAUUGAGGCUGAGCUAGGCGAGGUAGACAAGUGGAGGAGGAACGUAAGCUAUCUUUUGAACGAGCACAGAAAGCUUUGA